UAUAGCACGUCUAUUCUAUAUCGCGUGACGGGAGAUGCAGAUCAAAAGAUCUACUCUUUUUCCCCCUUCACAAGUUUCAAGUAUUGGUAUUGCUUAAUGGCCGUCGUAGUCUUCCGGCCUCCAUCCAUCGCCCCGAUUCCGAAAGCAACACGGGUCAUGGCCGCCGUCGCCUGCUCCGCCACCUCCUUAAAUAGCGUUUCUGGGUUGCGGCGACAUCGGAAGCUCCCCAUUUUGCUGUUCGACGUUAUGGACACGCUCGUCCGCGAUCCCUUCUACGAGGACAUCCCCGCCUUCUUCCAAAUGUCUAUGAAAGAACUUUUAGAAGUGAAACACCCCACUUCAUGGGUAGAGUUUGAGAAGGGAUUGAUUGAUGAGAAGGAGCUUGCUAGGAAAUUCUUUAAAGAUGGGAGAUCUUUUGAUUUGGAAGGUCUCAAAGAAUGCAUGGUAAGAGGAUAUUCUUAUCUUGAUGGCAUUGAGGCACUGCUCGAAAAUUUGAAACUGAAAAGCUAUGAAUUACAUGCGUUUACUAACUAUCCAAUCUGGUACAUAAUGAUCGAAGAGAAGUUAAAAUUGUCAAAGUAUUUGUCUUGGACGUUUUGUUCCUGUAAACUUGGAAAACGUAAGCCUGCUUUAGAUUUUUAUAUGGAAGUUCUGGAUCUUCUUGGAGUUGAGCCAGCAAACUGUAUCUUCGUUGAUGACAGGUUGGUAAAUAUUGAGGCAGCUAAAGAUGCAGGGAUGAUUGGUUUGCAUUUCAGAAACGCAGAGACUCUUAAAGAAGAUCUGAUUUCUUUGGGAAUUGAGUUGGAUUGAGCGGAUCAACCAAUCAAGCAUAUUGUUUGGAACGGUUAGAUGGGAGAGUUGGAUAGGUCAGACAUGGUUCAAGCAUUGAUAGGUCGCAUCACACUUAGUCCAAGCUACAAUUAUGCUUAGGGCAAGCGGCACUAUCCUGUGUUCGACGGUUUAGAACUGCCAGUUUCCAGUCAGAAUCAGCCGCUGCAGCUGGUGAAAUCGGCGGAGCUCCAGCAUGAGGGGGCUGGCUGGCAUUCCUGGAGAGGUCGAGGUUCUGGAGGCGGGGGGUGUCACAGGCGGCAGCAGGGGUAGGCAUAACCGGUGACAUUGGUGCCGGAAAUUCCUGGCCCGCAGCAGGGGUCUUGGGUCUUCAUCGUCCUCACUCCACCCAGCGAGGGGGGAUUCAGGAUCUUCAGACACGGCAGCCUUGAAGGCGAGGAGGGAAACACCCUCUGGCGACAAUGCUGCCAUGUGAAUGGUGCAGAGUAUACAGUAGAAUCCAUCGUAUCUAAGUUUCAGAGGAAAUUUUCCAAGUUGGCUAGGGAGGCCGCAGACAACUAUCAACUAAGAUUAAAGGUGGUGGUAAUUAUGUGAGCAGCAGGGUAAAGUGAGAUCAUCAGUGGGAGUCUUAGAAAAUGCAUGUUGUUUGUCAGUUUGUGGCAUAACAGUAGCAACUCCACUAGUUACUCCAUCAUGUCAUGAAACCUUGCUUGAAAAAUAGCUUGACAUGUUAAUUCUACAGCUU